AUGUACUCGAAAACAACUUCACUCUAUAGCAUCAUUAUAUUGCUUUCAACCUUUCUUCAUUUUAUUAGUGCAGACUCAACAGACUCAACAGAAUCAAGUGCUCAAGCGACAUCAUCGCAGCCAGAUGAAGUGGUUCUUUUAACUCGUCUUGUUUCUGAUGUUGCAACAAAUGCAAAUGAAUACAUCCAUUUCUUUGAAACACAAACACAAGUCCCAAUUCCAUUAAACCUUAUUGGCACCUUACGACAAAUCACCACAUACACGGAUGACUCAUACACCACCUUGGCCGAAAACCUGGCGUUGAUGGGAUCAGUAGAGAGUUUGGUCACAGUGUUGCCUUGGUAUGAGUCAAGGAUCGUCUCUGGAGAUGGUGAUGGAAAAGUACUCAGCUUGAGUGAUGUCGGAAGUGUCAGCGGAAGUGCCAGUGGAAGUAGCGGAAGUUCUAGCAAAAGUUCCAAUGAGAGUCAAAAUGGCGGUGCCAUGAUUGCAGGCGGUGUUUUUGCCAUGUGUGCCGGUCUACUCUUGGCCAUUUAA